CCAAUAGACUUCCUCCUUCCCAGCGGCCGAGCCCUCCUCCUCGCGGCCGGCCUGGCGGGGCGGGGACGUUGUGCGGCGGCGGCUGAUGCGCUAGCCGUGUGGGGCCCUCCGGGCGGCGACGGCGGCUCUCGUAGGCGGUUCCGGUCCUGUAUCUCCGGGCGGCGGCGGCUUAUGGCGGCGACGGAGCUGAGAGGAGUGGUGGGCCCGGGCCCGGCAGCCAUGGCGGCCCCGGGCGGCGGUGGCGGAGCCGGGCCCCCCAUGGUGGGAGGAGGCGGCGCCGCCGGCGGCCGCGGAGACGCGGGGCCGGGCUCCGGGAUCGCGCCGGGCUCGGUGGCUGCGGUGGCGGCGGGCGGCCCUGGCCCCGGGGCCGGGGGAGUGGCAGCGGCGGGCCCGGCUCCUGCGCCGCCUACGGGGGGCUCGGGCGGCUCGGGCGCUGGGGGUUCGGGCUCGGCUCGCGAGGGCUGGCUCUUCAAAUGGACCAAUUAUAUCAAAGGCUACCAGCGGCGGUGGUUCGUGCUGAGCAACGGGCUCCUGAGCUACUACAGGUCAAAGGCAGAAAUGAGACAUACCUGCCGUGGUACCAUCAACCUCGCCACAGCCAACAUCACGGUGGAGGACUCCUGCAACUUCAUCAUUUCCAAUGGGGGUGCUCAGACCUACCAUCUGAAGGCGAGCUCGGAAGUGGAGCGGCAGCGCUGGGUCACAGCCCUAGAACUGGCCAAGGCCAAGGCCGUGAAGAUGCUGGCAGAAUCAGAUGAGUCAGGAGAUGAAGAGUCUGUCUCACAAACCGACAAGACCGAGCUGCAGAACACCCUGCGGACCCUGUCCAGCAAAGUGGAGGACCUGAGCACGUGCAACGACCUGAUCGCCAAGCAUGGCACGGCGCUGCAGCGCUCGCUCAGCGAGCUGGAGUCCCUGCGGCUGCCGGCCGAGAGCAAUGAGAAGAUCAAACAGGUCAACGAGCGGGCCACGCUCUUCAGGAUAACGUCCAAUGCCAUGAUCAACGCCUGCAGAGAUUUCCUUGUGUUAGCCCAGACCCACAGUAAAAAGUGGCAGAAGUCCCUACAGUAUGAGAGAGACCAGCGUAUCCGCCUGGAGGAGACCCUGGAGCAGCUGGCAAAGCAGCAUAAUCACCUGGAGAGAGCCUUCCGGGGAGCCACGGUGCUGCCGGCACACACCCCCGGCAGCGCCGGUUCUGGUAAAGAUCAGUGCUGCUCCGGCAAAGGAGACAUGAGCGAUGAGGACGACGAGAACGAAUUUUUUGAUGCUCCUGAGAUCAUCACUGUACCUGAAAAUCUGGGCCACAAACGUACUGGCAGCAACAUCAGCGGAGCCAGCAGUGACAUCAGCCUGGAUGAACAGUACAAGCAUCAGCUGGAAGAGACCAAGAAGGAAAAGAGAACGAGGAUACCAUACAAGCCAAACUAUAGCCUCAACUUGUGGAGCAUCAUGAAGAACUGCAUCGGAAAAGAACUCUCCAAGAUCCCCAUGCCGGUGAACUUUAAUGAGCCCUUAUCCAUGCUUCAGCGCCUUACUGAAGAUCUGGAAUACCACGAGCUGUUAGACCGAGCUGCAAAGUGUGAGAACUCUCUAGAACAGCUCUGUUAUGUUGCAGCUUUCACCGUGUCCUCCUACUCCACUACUGUCUUCCGUACCAGCAAGCCAUUCAACCCACUCCUUGGGGAGACCUUUGAGCUGGAUCGAUUAGAGGAGAAUGGGUACCGGUCCCUCUGUGAGCAGGUGAGUCAUCACCCCCCUGCGGCUGCACACCAUGCUGAGUCCAAAAAUGGCUGGACGUUGCGUCAGGAAAUCAAAAUCACCAGCAAGUUUCGAGGCAAAUACCUCUCCAUUAUGCCUCUCGGUAGCAUCCACUGUAUUUUCCAUGCAACUGGGCACCACUACACUUGGAAAAAAGUUACCACAACAGUGCACAACAUUAUCGUGGGCAAACUGUGGAUCGAUCAGUCUGGUGAAAUUGACAUUGUGAAUCACAAGACAGGAGACAAGUGCAAUCUUAAAUUCGUUCCUUAUAGCUACUUCUCUCGGGAUGUAGCAAGAAAGUUGUCACCCUGGGACUCUCUCUUGGACACACUGAUGUGGAUUGGAGCCCCCUCUGCUUUUCCUCUUCCGGGGCAGACAGAUUGAAACCCGUGCAGGACCCCAUCCAGCAGUUACUGAGCAGGGACUUUGUCCAUGGUUUGUAUCAUGGGGUGCCCACUGCCAUCUAAACUCUGCUCUCCUACUGACCUGACUGUUGAAAAUGAAAUCCUAACCUCUUUCCUACCUUUUUUUCCUUCUCUUACUAGGAGGAGUAUGGGUAGAAAGUCAGGAGGGUAAUUUCCAGUUUCAGCCUGCCUCUGUCCAAAUCACAGCACCACACAGCUGAUACCCAAAAGAGCCCUCUUCCUAGGAAUCGGGGCUAAAAGCACCGUCAUGUGGGGUGGGUAAGAGAACUGCUCCUGUUGGGCCCUGGUUUCCUUCUUUUCUCUUUUGUUCUGUAUUUGUUUAAGUUGUCUUGUUCAGAAAUCUAACCCCCGUGCCACCCACCCUUGGUUGAGGAUCACAAAUUGAGGUGCCUUCCUUGUAUGCUUUUUGUUCGUGUUUUUUGUUUCUUUUCCUUAACUGCCGAGCCUCAGCCAGUGUGGGUCCUAGGGGGGAGAAUCAUUCCAGAGGAAGCCACCCCUGCAGGGAAAUUGGAUUUAUACCGGGUAAAUUAGUACUCUUUUUCCUUCCCCACCAUCCCUCCCUUCCUAGCGGUGAUGAACUUGAGAAAGGGACAACUCCUGGGGAAUUUCCUCCCAAGAACUCUCUUCCCAGCAUAAGCAAGGGAUUAUGCCAGGGCUGCUUCUUUCAAGGAGGCCCCUAAAAGCAUUGACCUAAUGGGGGGGUGGGGGGUUAGACAGUGGAAACUCCCGAAAUAGACCGAACUUUCCUGCUCUGUCUCCCCCCAUUCCCCCUUCUUCCUCCACCAUCUGCACUACAUUUCCAGCCUGAUCCCCCAGGCAGAUUCCUGCUAAUGGAAGUCCUUCAGGUGAAAUAAAGUCACAUGAAAACAAAACAAAACUAUAUAUAUUUUCAGUUUUUUUGCCUUAUUGUUUUUUUUCCAAGAAAACUACUAAAUUAAAUAAUUUUUAAAAAGUCA